AUGGAUUGUGUGGACCUUACGCACGGGUUUUUCCUAGUUCGAUUCUACGCCAAGGAGGAUUUGGAUGCAGUUUUGGAGAAGGGGCCAUGGUUUAUUGGCGACUUCUUCCUUUCCUUAAGGCCAUGGGAGCCUUUCUUCAAACCGUCAGCGGCGAGCGUGUCCUCCAUUGCUGUUUGGGUCAGGCUUCAUGAGCUUCCUAUUGAACUUUACGAGAUCGAUGCACUCAAACAAAUUGGUGAGUCCUUGGGUAGAGUGUUAAGAAUAGAUGCCCAUACUGCAAUGGAAGCUCGGGGGAAAUACGUGAGGUUGUGUAUCCAGAUUGAUGUUAGCCAAUCGUUGGUAGACACGAUCCUUAUUGGGCGUUUCGAGCAACCGGUAAUGUAUGAGGGCAUCCACAAGCUUUGUUUUAGUUGUGGAAGAGUUGGCCAUAUGGUGGAGACUUGCCCAUACACGAUUUGGCGUGGGAACAAUGUGGGAAUUCCGGCAGAGGACGAUCGGAAUGGAGUAGUUGGCAACUCAUGCGAUAAGCAUGAGGACCAACGGCCAAAUAUGGAAUGCAACACGACAAAUGGAAUGGAGGAAGUGGAACGCGAGAGUCAGUACGGCCCUUGGAUGGUAGUGGCCAGGAAAAGGUACGGGAGUAAGAGCAACAAAAAAGAUCCGCAUGUGUCGAGCAUGCCGUCCAAUGGAAGAACAGAUAGGCAGAGGGAGUCACGUAAAGGAGGAGUUAUUCCCAGUAGGGGGAUUGAGAAGUGGGUUGCGAAAGAGAAUGGGCCUGUGGGUGCUUCUUAUUCGGGCCUAAAUGGAGAUAAUUGGGGCUUGUUAAGCCCAUAUCCUUAA